AUGGUGUGCUACGACCCCAUCCACGAGGCGUUGGACACUUUUUUCGGCGGCAACGAGAAGAAGAAGAGGAAGCGGCGAGAGCGACAGGAGCGGAAAGCCCGUAGCCGACAGGAGAAAGAGAGGGAGAGAGAGGUCAGGGCGAUUAUACUCGUUCGUGACUGUGACUGUUGCUUCAUACCAACGACCUAUCUACCCAGAUCCCCCGGGCGGCACUUGCAGUCCAUGUCUAACGCCUCACACCGCUCUGGUCGUCCACAAGGCUCUUUGCAACCGAGCCAACAUCCUCCGAUGGAGGGAGCUGCCACGACGCCCAUCAAACCAAGCGGCACCUUUCCUGAAUGUCUCGAGCGCACACCUCUUUUCAUUCAGGUUACUUCUCCACCAGCCCUGCCUUUGCAGGGAGCUUCUCCCUCUUGGAACCAUACCCGAGGCAGUCGUCCAAUUUCGAGCCCUCGAAGUGGAUUUCGACCACAGUCUCCUCUUUGCAACAUCAGCAGACCAGGAGACGACCAACGCUUGUUCAAUAGUAUUUCAGGCCUACCCCCUUCAUUUGACAGAUUCAUCACAGCAGGUCUCCGCCAGCCACCAUUUGUAAAUCCUCAGAGCCAACCACCGUCUCGGAUGCGGUCUCAACGCGAUUCCUAUCCAGUACCGGCCGUUCGCAGCUUUCGAAUGCGGCAGCCAUACGUUGUAUCAUGCCCGUCCAGUACCCAGGGUCCGAGAUAUGACUCUCAAGGAGCUCGGUCUGGUCCAGCAGCAGCAGCAGGAGGAGGAGGAGAAGAUGAAGCAGAACUAGACUUUAACGGUUACUUCUCUGACGGAUCUUUCAUUUCCCAACCAAGAGCAAGGCGUGUUCCCCAAGGCGAGAGAGGAAGAGGAGGAGAAGAUGAAGUAGAACUAGACUUUAACGGUUACUUCUCUGACGAAUCUUUAAUUUCCCAACCAAGAGCAAGUCGUGUUCCCGAAGGCGAGAGAGGCGGAGAAGAAGAAGACGAAGCAGAAACGUACUUUGACUGUUCCCUCUCUCACGGAUCUUUCACUCCCCAACCAAAAGCAGGACGUGUGUCCGAAGGCGAAGGAGAAGGAGAGCCAGGGAAUGGAUCACGGCCAGGAUCAAGUUCGCCGGGGUCUGCUCGGCGUUCUGCACAUCAAGAGACAGCACUGCCGAGCUCUGGGGCGCACGUAGUGACAUCUCAAUCCCAUGUUGGAGAUAUGGCGAGGACGAUUUACGAAGGCAUGGUAUCGAUGACUCCCAGCGAAGUGGCAGCCGAAGAAGCGGAUGCUGUGAGGAGAGAGAGGCAGAUGGAAGAAUAUCGCCUCCUCCUCCAGAAGACCGAUCGUGGAUGGUGA